AUGGUUAGAGAUUAUAUUAAACCAAUUAGUGAUUCAAUUUAUGAAGCAAUCAAGUAUUUAUGGGGAAAUUUUCCACCGAUAAGAUGGCUACUUUAUACAUUGUUAAUAUUUAAUUCGAUUCCAUUGAUAAUAUUUGUUGGAUGGUUUAUCCUAACAUUGGGAUUUGUUAUCGCUUUAGCUGGUGUAGGAAUUCUUUGUGCGCAAGGAUUUUUUACAUUCUUGGGGUUGGUGGUUUUUGUGCCAGUAGCAAUAGUAUUGAUGGUUGUGGCGUUUGUUGGUGCGUCAAUUGCAACAUUCGGAUGGGCAGGUUUGAAUACUGGUACUUUUGUAUUAUCAAAUAUUGGAAUUGUGGGAGAUCAACACACAUUAGGUCAUGGUAAACAGAAAGAAUUUAUCGAUGUAGGUGGUGGCGGUGGCGGCGGCGAGGAUAAAGAUUAUGCUUGA